AAUCGAUUGCCUUAACUGUGGGCCACGAGAUCGCACAUCAAUGGUUUGGCAAUCUGGUUACUAUGGAAUGGUGGACACAUUUAUGGUUGGAUGAAGGUUACGCCGCUCGUUGAAUUCCUGUGCGUAAAUCACUUGUUCCCAAAAUAUGACAUUUGGACGCAAUUCGUGACUGAUAUGUACACACGCGCCAUAGAAUUAGAUUCGCUGAAAAACUCACAUCCUAUUGAAGUGCCUGUCGGCCAUCCAUGUGAGGUCGAUGAGAUUUUAGAUGAAAUUAGCUACAAUAAAGGCGAUUCUGUUAUACGUAUGCUUCACGAUUAUAUUGGCGAGGAGGACUUUCGUAAAGGUAUAAACAUCUAUUUGACACGCCAUCAAUACAGGAACACAUUUACGGAGGAUUCGUGGGCUGCCCUGCAAGAGGCGAGCUCGAAGCCUGUGGCUAAAGUGAUGUCAACAUGGAUUAAAUUGAAGGGAUUUCCACGACAAAAUACAUCUGUAAAAUAUGGAAUAUACUUGGACAAAUCACAUUAA